CUACUACUCAUUCACCCAUUCACUCACUCUCGCGCGCCGCUUGAAUGAACCUUCACCUACUGCGAUCGUCCUCUAUGUCACUCGCACUUUAGUCUUUUACUUCUCAAAGGGCAGCCGAUCCCUCGUCUGCACUCUCAUUCCAUCACCAACCAACCCUCGAAUCGCACCGCUCCAGCAACGAGCGGAGCUCUCUUGCGCUUCCUUAAACGAUCAACCCUCCCCGUCAGACCCUUGCGCAAAACAGACAACGUUAGAAUUCUCUCGCCAUGGCUCGUAAUAGAAGCCCGUCUCCGGGAGACAAACUUCCCCUCGGCCAGUCUGCAACUUCGCCGCAACCGCAGGUCUCUAAGCGGGAUAAAAGACGCAAUAUGCUUGCUGAGAAGAUGGGCGACAUGGCGGCCUCGUUCUCCGACAACCGGGACAGCCAUUUCAGAGCCCAAUUGCAGGCGCUUCAAGCUGAUAUCAAUCUUAUUCUCCGAGCGGAUCCCUACGCCAACAAACCGCUGGAGGACAACGGAGAAGAGGCUCGUGACCUCAUCAAGCAGAUCAUGGGCGAAAAUGUUCCCACUGCGCCCAGUGCCGGCACCGACUAUGUCGCCCAGGUCGGCAGAAACUACGCACGCUUCGUGGAUGCUUCGAAUGACGCCAUGGAGGAGCGUGACUACAAUCUCGUUCUACUAAUGAAAAAGCACGACAGCAUAAAGCAGGAAAUCGAGAACUCGUACCUUUACAAAAUGCAGACCGCCGAAGAAGAGUACAAGUUACUCACCGCGACCAUCCGCGAACGCCUUUCGGCUAGCAUUCUCCAGCGAACAACGAAACUAAAGCGUGAAAAGGAGCAAUUGGACCUUUCCGACAGCAAUGCCAUGCUUCUACACCCCAAUCAAUUCAGCAUCAACAACCCCGCAAGCCCAGGUGGACCUCAGGCGCCGCGCAAAACUCGAAGGACUGGCCACAAGACCGGAGAAGGGGAGGAGCUGGCUGCUGAGAACAAGCGCAAGCGGAAGCUCUUCGAGGAGAACGACAACGACUCCCCAGCACCGUCUGGCAGGAAUCUCGAAAUGGGCAUAGGAUCACCAUUCCGCGAAGCCAAGCAGCGGACGGUGCACACUCAAUUCGAAGCAGCGGCUUUCUCGCUGGAGCGUCUCUUCACCGAGAAGGAACUGAAUCUUGCGAUGAACCAAGCCACGAUCGCGGCUGCGCAUUUCUUCACGAAGAUGAAGAAUGCGGAACCCAGCCAAGAGGCUUCGGCAAACGGUACAAACGGCAAUGGUCAGGAGGUCGCCAGCGAAAAUGGUGACCCUGCGGAUGACAAUCAUGAUUCAGAUUCUCCCGCGGGCGCACCAGAGAUGACGCGCCAGGUUUCUUCCAAUCCCCACGCCACUCGCGGUGCGACACGCUCAGCCUUCAAUGUUGCGUCUCUCGCCAACGGCCGCUUGCCUUUCAUCUAUAACCCGCCCUUCGUUCUUGAUGCAAAGGUCUUCCAGAAGCAGAACGCACAAGCCCCGACGCCUCCCCCACUAGUAUCGCAAGAUAUCGAUCAGGAUAUGAUGCUCAUGAUGAGAGACGCCCCUCCAGAUGAUGCACUCAACGAGAAGCUCCUCCAGGCCGCCGUGAAUCCAGUCAAGGCUCGUGAAUACCAAAUCCAACCACCAGAUUUCCAAGUCCCUGUCUCUGAAAUCACGAGCCACGUGCGAUCUUCCGCACCACAUCUAGAGGUCGGCAUGCCCCUUGGCGGCAUCCCUAUGAGCGCCCAGAGCAGCAUGGGCGGGUAUAGCGAUACCGGAGGCAACACUCCCUUGGGACGAUUUGGCGACAGCUCUCUAGGCCUCGGCAGUGUCGGUAUGACGAGGACGGCUAGCGGGUCUGGAAGACGGGGGGGUCGACGGGCGCUGUAGUUUCCAUCCAGGGUGGAGGCACUUCGUCCUUACUCUUCUGCUCUAUACCCUCUUUUGCUUGGCCUAGGCGUUUCAUGGACUGUUCAACUACAUAUCGACGAUUCUUUGGGUUGGAGUCAUACACAUAGCAUUACUAUCCGGCGUUGCAUUCUGUCUGCUCCUAAUGUGUCUCUAGUCAAACAUAUAUUUCUAUCGAGGGACUACAUCGGCUUCGCUAGUUCUUUUCACAAUGAAGGGAUCUUGAAUAGGAGGAACAUUUCUCAUUUCUGUGUUUAUUGAGCUCCAUAAAUAUUUCAAUAUUGACCACUUCUUUAC